AUGUCGUUGCCAACAUGGAAUCCAACUAACUUAUCAUCAUUCAUAUUCGACCGAAAUCGAUAUCGGCGUAGUGCAAGUGACCAAACACGUACGGUAACAACGCAUGAAUAUCAUAGUUACCGACGAACAGAAUCACCUUGUCCACAUCAUAGUUAUUGUGAAUAUUGUCCUUGCAUAAAUUGUCGUCGUUAUCGUCAACCAUCCUAUCGACAUCAUAUGAGUCGGCGUCAAGCAUCUAGUUUUUCACCAGUUGGGCGUAAAGAAUUUUAUUCUAGCGCUCACUCUAUACGAGAUGAAAUACGGCGGGGUAGUCCAACCGGUAUCGGAAUCUCACUACAUUCAUUUCGUUCGCAUUCACCACAAACGGAAUAUCAGCAGCGACAGCAGCGACAUCGACAACAACACCAACAACAGUAUCAACAACAACAGCAAACAUAUCAGCCUCAUCAUUUUCAUGAUUAUAAUGAAUAUGAACGGCAACGACAAGGACGUUUGUUGCAGAUCAAUCGGCGCAGCACACGUGAAGUUCAACCAAGUGAUCAAACUGUACCAAGUGCCUCUAGCACUAGUCGUUAUGACGAGGCUGUCAUCAAGCGAAGAUAUGCCUUCGCUGACGUCCUCGAGAGCGAACGCUCAUAUGUUGCUGAUCUUCAACGUAUUAUUGAAAUUUAUCUAUAUGAAUUAACUCGUCAAGAAUGCCCGUGGUUCGUCAAAGAAAAGAAAGAUCUUUUAUUUAGCAACAUCGAAGACAUAUUCGCAUUCCAUAAAGUAUUAUUCUUGAAUGACUUAACUAAUGCUAUUGAAAAUGAUCCAAAGGAAUUGGCUUAUGUAUUUUUACGCCGACGAGAUCAAUUUUUAAAUCUUUACUCUCAGUAUAUGUAUGAUCGUGCACGAUCUGAACAUGUACUACAAACAAAUCCAAAUAUUCAACGUUAUUUUGAUGAAUUAAAUCAACGAUUAGGUUUACAAACAAGUGAUUUAACACUUAAUAAUUUACUUAAUCGACCUAUACAACGACUUGAAAAAUAUAAACAUAUUUUACAAGAAAUGAUUAAGUAUACAAAUCGUAUGCGGGAAGAUAGUACAAUAUUUCAACAAGCUUAUACAAUGAUAAGCAAUGUCAUAAAUGAUGCACGACAACGCGAUGCAACUGAACUUAUUGAUAACUUACCAUUUACAAAUGAACAAUUAGGAGAUUUGAAACGUCAUGAUGUUGUAUUAAUUAAAACAACAGAUCAUGAUCUUGAUUCAGUCAAUGAAACUGGUACACGUUUACGUGAAAGAUUUUUAUAUUUAUAUCGUAAUAAAAUUAUUCUAUGUCGACGUAAACGUGCUGAUGGUCGAUUAGAAUCAAAAUCAUUAGCUUUUAAACAAGCACAUAAUACCAAUGAAAUAACUUUUAUUCAAGAAAAUUUUCCUGAUGAUGAUAAAAAGUUUGAAAUAACAUUUAAUGAUAACGAGCGUGUUACAUUUUAUGCUCGAAAUGCUUUUUCGAAAAUGUCUUUAGUUCGUGCAUUGAGAGAUAAUCUUAAAUCUCUUGGUUUUGUCGAAGAAAUUGAAAUGAUUGAAACAACUGAAACUGAAGAUGAUACACGACAAAAACGUUCGACACCAAAAAAACGUUCAAUUGACGUUAUAGAGUCAACUAUAUCGGAACAGCAAAAACGUGGUCGUUCAUCAGGACAAACAACAUCUGGUACAUCAGAUUUUUAUUCAGUUGGAAGUGAAACAGAAUCAAGUUAUCAAACAGCUGGAGAAAAUGAAGAUUUUAAACCAAAAUUUUUGAAAAAAUUAAAUGAUACCUUAGCAACAGAGGGUGAUUUUGUCACAUUAGAAUGUAUUGUUGUUAGUACAACACCAGUACAUGCUACAUGGUUCAAAAAUAAUAUUCCUUUACAAGAUAAUGCUGAUUGUAGAUUAAUUCAAGAAGAUAAACGUUUUGAAUUAGUCAUAAAAGAAGCUUUUGUCGAAGAUGGAGGAGUUUAUUCAAUUAAAAUUUCUAAUCAUGCCGGAACAGUUAUUUGUAGUUGUAAAUUAUUUGUACGAGAAGAAAUGAGUGAUGAACGAACAAUACGAGACGAUUUAGUUAUUCGAGAAGGUUCAUCACCUGAAGCCAAAAAAGAUGGUACUGAUAAUGAAGAAGAAUUACGUAUAACAGAAAUGGCAUAUGAUCAAGCUGGUGCAUAUAAAGUCACACCACAUAUUGGUCGAGCACCAAUUUUUCUUCAAUCACUUAUGCCAAUCAUUUCUAAAGCUGGUGAUAUUGUUACAUUAAAAUGUACUGUUACAGCAACGCCUAUGCCAUCUGCUAUUUGGUAUAAAAAUGGUCAAGAAAUUCAACAAGGUGGUCGUUAUUCAAUAUUUAAUGAUCAAAAUGGAACAUAUUCAUUAGUUAUUUCGGAUACUUUACCACAAGAUUCAGGUUCAUAUGAAAUUACUAUAAGAAAUCAAUAUGGUACAGCAAAUUCAAAAACAAAUUUACAAAUUCUUGAACGUGAAAGUGUUUUUAUUCCAAUUCCAAUAACUCGAGUAUCAACAGAAGAAAAUGCAACAGCUAAAUUAUCAUGUGCAGUUAAACGUCCCGAUGUAUAUGUUGAUUGGUAUAAAGGUGAACAAGCAUUAUUUACUGAAAAACAAGAAGAAAAUCAUAAAUAUAAACGUGUUGAUGAUGGUUUACAAAGAGAAUUAAUUGUUAAAAAUGUAUCAACAGAUGAUCAAGGAGAUUAUGUUUGUCAAGCAGACAAAUAUCGAGUUACACUUCAUCUUAAUGUUCAAGGUUAG